CUCCGCGAUGGUGGGUCCCGCGGCCAGAGGCGCGUCUACGCCGAAGACCCGCGCGAUGUGGCGGCUGCAGGUCGUGCUGGGCCACCUGAGCGGCCGGCCCGACUCGGGCCCCGCGCCGCAGGCCGCGCGCUGCUUGGGCGUCUCCCCGCGCGCCUCGGCCUCGGACGUGGUGGUGGUGCACGGGCGGCGCACGGCCAUCGGCAAGGCGGGCCGCGGCGGCUUCAAGGACACCACCCCCGACGAGCUCCUGGCGGCCGUGCUGACCGCGGUCCUGCAGGACGUGAGGCUGCGGCCGGAGCAGCUGGGGGACAUCUGCGUGGGGAACGUGCUCCAGCCGGGGGCCGGGGCCAUCAUGGCCCGGAUCGCGCAGUUCCUGAGUGGCAUCCCGGAGACUGUGCCCUUGUGCACCAUCAAUAGACAGUGCUCCUCAGGGCUGCAGGCCCUGGCCAACAUAGCUGGCGGCAUCAGAAAUGGGUCCUACGACAUCGGCAUGGCCUGUGGGGUGGAGUCCAUGUCCAUGGCUGAACGAGGGAACCCGGGAAACAUCACUUCACGCCUGGUGGAGAACGAGAAGGCCAGAGACUGCCUGAUGCCCAUGGGGAUAACCUCGGAGAACGUGGCGGAGCGGUUCGGCAUUUCCAGGGAGAAGCAGGACGCCUUCGCGCUGGCCUCGCAGCAGAAGGCGGCGAGAGCCCAGAGCAGGGGCUGCUUCCGAGCCGAGAUCGUGCCGGUGACGACCACGGUGCGCGAUGACAAGGGCGGCAGCAGGAGCGUCACGGUGGCUCAGGACGAGGGCAUCCGCCCGGGCACCACCAUGGAGGGCCUGGCCAAGCUCAAGCCUGCCUUCAAGGACGGCGGCUCCACCACGGCCGGAAACUCGAGCCAGGUGAGUGAUGGGGCGGCCGCCGUCCUGCUGGCACGGAGGGCCAAGGCUGAGGAGCUGGGCCUUCCCAUCCUGGGUGUGCUGAGAGCCUACGCCGUGGUCGGGGUCCCGCCUGACAUCAUGGGCAUCGGGCCGGCCUACGCCAUCCCUGCAGCUUUGCAGCAAGCAGGGCUGACGGUGAAGGACGUGGAUAUCUUUGAGAUCAACGAGGCCUUUGCCAGCCAGGCCGUCUACUGCGUGGAGAAGCUGGGAAUCCCCCCUGAGAAAGUGAACCCUCUGGGGGGCGCGGUGGCCUUGGGCCACCCCCUGGGCUGCACCGGGGCGCGCCAGGUCGUCACGCUGCUCAACGAGCUCAAGCGCCGUGGGAAGAGGGCCUACGGGGUGGUGUCCAUGUGCAUCGGGACCGGGAUGGGGGCCGCUGCUGUGUUUGAAUACCCUGGGCACUGAGCGAGGCCCUGGCCCGAGACGCCGCCCAGCCGCAGGAGAGCAGUCGACAGUAGCCCAGCGCGGGGACCAGCAUCGGAGGAGGGGCCCAGUGAAGGCCCUGCGCUCACGGGAAGACGUGCGCCUGGACGGCUCAGCGCAGCAGUGCGUGGCGGGCGCUCAGGCCCUCUGCGGGGCCGGCGCAAGCCAGCCGGGGUGGUCGGGGCGCCCCUCCGGGAUGCGCGGACGCAGUAAACGUGGUCGCUUUCC